AUGGCAAAGCGAGCAUUACUUGUGAUAGACUACGGCAUUCUGCUAAAAUGUGAAAUUAGUACUUUCUACGAAUGUAUGAACAAGCUCUGUGACCAUUCUAAUCACCUUCCCAAGAAUUUUGGCCAUGUAAUUUGGAGAAAGACCACUAUAUGGUCUAACACAUCCCACUGUGACCAACUAGCUGCCGAAACUAACAAGCGACCAAUCAGGAUCUAUCCAUCCAGUCCCAAAAUGCUCUGUGCGAAUUUCCUUCCUCUCGUUUUCCUAAGCAAUGAAUCCGAAAAUCAACAACCUCUGAUACGCAAUCAUAUUAAUAAUAAUCACUAG